AUUUGCUCCUCAUCCCCUGUUCAAAACCUCGCUGACAGCACCAGGAAAAUGGCUUCUUCUGAUCCAGUCUUGAAAUCCCUUGCCUGCUGGACUGUGUUUUUCCUGCUCCCGUGGACCUUUUCUGAAGGGGGAAAGCUUCUGGUUGUACCUAUCGAUGGCAGCCGCUGGCUCAGCCUACGCCUGGUUGUGGAGCAGCUCAGCCAGAGGGGACACGAAAUUGUGGUGCUUGCUCCAGAGAUAAGCUUGAGGAUAGGCUCCUCAGUGCAUUAUACCCUGAAAACAUACUCGGUCUCUUACACCAAGGAGUAUGUGGAGGCAGAAUAUAAAAAGAUGGGCCACAGGAGUUUCACACCUCAACCCUUCUUGGAAAAAUUCUCAAAAAUGGCAAACAUUACAGCCAUGUUCUUUGAUUCUUGCAAACGUCUUCUGUCUAACAAAGAGCUGAUCAAAUACCUUGAAGAAAGCAAGUUUGAUGCUGUCUUUAUGGAUCCUUUUUUUCCAUGUGGACAGAUAGUGGCUGAACAUCUCUCCCUACCUUCUGUGUACCUGGUCCGGGGCCUGCCGUGCAGCCUGGACUUCCACGCGACCCGCUGCCCAAAUCCUCCUUCUUAUAUUCCCAGGUUUUUCACUCACUAUACAGACCACAUGGCAUUCCUCCAGCGCCUGCGCAAUCUCCUGACUAGCCUGAGCAGUUCCUUGGCUUGUAGCUUUCUUUUUUCACCCUAUGAUGAUUUGAUCAAAGAAUUCCUGCACCAAGAGGCGACAUUGCUUGAGCUGUUCAGUCACGCGUCCAUUUGGCUGAUGAAAUAUGACUUUGUGUUUGAGUAUCCCAGGCCCCUAAUGCCUAACAUGGUCUUGAUUGGAGGCAUAAGCUGCACUCAGGAAAAACCAUUACCCCAGGAAUUUGAAGAGAUUGUGAACGCCUCUGGAGAACACGGCAUCGUUGUCUUCUCGCUGGGCUCCAUGGUCUCUGACAUUCCUAUAAAGCAAGCCAGAGAAAUUGCAGAUGCCUUGGCAACAAUCCCUCAAACGGUUUUGUGGAGAUACACAGGAAAGGCCCCCCCCAACCUGCCGAAGAAUGUAAAGCUUGUCAAGUGGCUGCCACAGAAUGAUCUGCUAGCUCACCCAAAGACUCGUGCCUUUAUUACCCACGGAGGCUCACAUGGUGUUUAUGAGGGGAUAUGCAAUGCAGUGCCCAUGGUACUGAUGCCACUGUUUGGAGACCAAAUGGACAACGCCAAGCGAGUAGAGUCACGGGGAGCAGGACUGACACUGAAUAUACUUGAAAUGACUUCCAAGGAUCUCUCCACUGCCCUGAAAGCAGUUAUUAAUGAUAAAAAGUACAAAGAGAACAUCCAGCGCCUCUCAGACCUCCACCUUGACAGACCCAUCCACCCCCUGGACUUGUCCGUGUACUGGGUGGAGUUUGUAAUGAGACACAAAGGUGCCCCACACCUGCGACCUGCUGCUCACGACCUGAACUGGAUCCAGUACCACUCCCUGGAUGUCAUUGCCUUCCUCCUUGCUGUGGUGCUCCUCUUCCUCUUCAUUUCUCUGAAGUGCUGCCUGUUCUGCUGCCGCAGGUGCUGCUCUAAGAAGGGAAGAACAAGAAAGGCAAACAAACCAAAGUCCCACUAGCAGAUGAAACCAGCAAUAAGGCCUCUGCUCCAGACCAGAAGGAUCAGAGAAUACCUCAUAUUUCAUUAAAAUAAUUGCUGAUGUUCAGUCAAGGAAUAAUAGCAUUAUUUUAAACUAGCACCACAAGAGAGAUUCUUUCACUCAGAUGAUUUUUUUUUCUUAAUUAAGAAUUGGUUGUUAAAAGUAAUUUCUAUAGGAAUGCUUCAGUCACUUGGGAAGAUACAAGUGUGAAGCCCUAGGCUUCUGGCUGCCAUGUCUUGGUAUACAGAGGACUCACAGGGACAUUUCCUUUAACCUCUGCAGGCAAUGGAGAUGUGUAAGGAUUUAAUAAGAUUUUGCUUCAAGGGCUUUAGGAGACCAAUUUGAUGUACUGUAAGACUGACAGGUUUUUCAAGCACUUUGAAAUUUUGUAUAGCUGCAGUUAUAAAAGGGGGAAAUGUUUUACACUGAGAAUAUGCAUCACUUAAGCCAAGCCAGAAGAACAGCUUGAAGGAGGUUUUGUGCUUGUUUAUAAUAAAGGGUUUUGGCAGGGAAGUGGUUAUAAAGCCACGGGUGAUUUAUCCAAAUUCCCCACAAGGCAGAGUGCUGUCUCUGGAGCUUACCUGUUAGGUGAUGAGAUCUUUGUAAGCCAUGCUUAUAAAACCAAACUGAUUUACUCUUUGUAAAAGGAAUUUACUUUUGUUCAGGGAAAGACACAACUCCCAGCCCUAUAAAUAAAUCCCCAAUACUAACAA